UUCCGAAAAAGGCUCGCGUAGGAAGCGCAACCAUCGAGUGCGAGAGUGCACGGUUCGUGGGAAGUCAGACAAAAGGUCGAGUGAGUGGAAAGUUCGUGAUCGGGAAGCGUAAUGUAUCACGAAGGUCAAAACAACUACAGCAAUGCUGCUUCGAUCUGAGCUUGUCAUAGAGUUCUAACUAUUGAACGAAACAAAUGCGAGGCUUAUAUUUAUAUAUUAUUUUGCCCGUUCAUUGUAUCCAAAAACAUGUUUGUUUUUAUAAUAAUUAUUGGGGCGUCUCGAAUUUAUUUUGAAAUGAACGAACUUGUUAUGAUAAAAUAAUCGAUAACAUCUCGAUGUUUGUAUCGACGUCUUUUCCUGCUGUGUCGAGCAGGAGCAGAUUUCGAUAUAUAUCGAAGUUGUCAAUUAUCUUUGUGUACUGAGUUUUUAUCUGAUUUAAUGAUGUGGAGUACAUUUUUAACAGGAGGUUUGUGCAUGCUGAGUUCUUGGAUUGCUGUAUGAAUGCCCUAGUUUAAGGAAUGAAUGCAUUUUAAUAAGACUGAUCGUAUGGACUGCUGUGUUUCGUAAUCUCACUAACACCGCUAUCGUUGUCAUUGGGGCGGGGUGCUGUUUGGCCAUCUUCACGGCGGAAGGGUCAUGGAUCCCAACCGGGAGUCAGGCCUCGGCAGCGAGUCUGACAACAUGGCAGAAUUGGCGGCGCUCCUUCAAACCGAGAUACCAGAGGGUCGUAGCAGCCUUGCAGACAGUCAUACUAACUUGGAACGCGUAGCAGAGUACUGCGAGGGAAAUUAUUUCCAGUCUGAGAACAAACGUCAUGCAUUGGAGGAAACCAAAAAUUAUACCACUCAAUCACUUGCUAGUGUUGCCUAUCAAAUCAACACUCUUGCUUUUAAUUUUCUUCAACUUCUCGACCUUCAGACAGCACAAUUAGCAGAAAUGGAAAGUCAAAUGAAUCACAUAGCACAGACGGUGAUGAUCCAUAAAGAAAAAGUUGCUCGUCGAGAGAUUGGAGUGCUCACUGCCAACAAGACUACAUCACGACAGUACAAAAUCAUUGCUCCUGCCAAUCCAGAGAAGCCAAUAAAAUAUGUGCGAAAACCUAUUGAUUAUACUGCGUUAGACGACAUAGGGCAUGGAGUGCGAACGGGCUCGACAGGCGGCACACCAAGGAGCAAGCAGCGUGGAAGCAGCCAGGGCAGCAUCCAGUCUCUGGGAGGCACUUCACCAGCUGCAGCUGCAAUGAUGGGCGCCAAUCUGGUAGGCCCUGCCCCCACCACAAAGCCCCCCACGCCACCGCAGGCCGUGCGACAGGGGGGCAGCCUGAGCAAAGGGUCUCGCGAGUACCGCACACCGCCCGCCGUCGCCCCCCCACAGGUGCCCAGCCAUUAUGCUCCUAAUUAUCCACUUGGUCAUCCACGCCGUGGGGAAAGAGGUGCUGGAUACAGUACACUUCCAAUGCCUCCUGCCUCUCACCUGCACACACAGACUCUUCCACAUCCCCACCAUCACCCCUCUCCUCCUAUGUCUCCUCCUCAAGUGGGCAUGGUGCAUCCCAUUCCUCACACCAAUCCCAGUCUACAAGCUUCUCACCCCCAGACCCCACCACCGCCACCACCUCCUGUCACGUAUGCUGUGGACCAUCACACCAGCAUGCCUCCUCCCCCAGGGGAUGCUGUUGAACAUCAUGGAGGCAUGAUGCAUCACAUGGUUGCUGCUGCUGCUAUAGGAGCUGGCCAUCAUUCCCACACGUUGCCGCACCAUCCACAUCAGCAGCUGCAGCACAUGCAUGCCCAACAUCGACCUGGCAAUGUGUCCCCUCCAUUGCCCCCUCCGCCCCCUCCAGAGGAUGAGCAUCCAGGCUUUGGCCGGCCCAGGACAUCUCACAUGAUGCCUAUAGUGCCAGAUGAGGAAGAUCUUCCUGGUUGGGUGCCCAAGAACUACAUUGAAAAGGUGGUUGCUAUCUACGAUUACUUUGCCGACAAGGAAGAUGAACUGAGCUUUCAGGAGAGCUCUGUCAUUUAUGUGCUGAAGAAAAAUGAUGAUGGUUGGUGGGAAGGUGUAAUGGACGGCAUCACAGGUCUCUUUCCAGGAAAUUAUGUUGAACCAUGUGUGUGAAACAGUGUUCCUUAUUUCAUCAUUCCACCUGAAGCAAUUUUUCCUACAGCGUAUAAUAUUAAAGAUUACGCUUACAGUUUGUGUAGAUUACUGGCCCUGAUGUAGACAGGCUUUCUUAAACAAUUCUGUAUUCCGAAUAGCUCAAUAUAAACUAUCAGAGAAUUACCAACAAUAAUUUUUUUCAGAAGAUCAUUGCUGUAAAUAUUGUGGUUUUUGAUGCAUGAAUUACCUAUUUAUUACAAUUGUAUAGUCUUGCCGACCAUAUGCUAAUACAAUGCCAAUUAAGUGAGAUAAGUCUUAUCUGAAUACAUUCUCUAGAAGCAAUUUGUAAUUAUUUCUUGUCAAGUGAAAUAAGCAUUUGCAAUUUUUUUAUGUAAUGCUAAGACAAUACUUAAGCAUUUACUGUAACAAUGAAUAUUAAACAGCUGAGUUUGAGAAACAGGCCAGCAGUGUAGGAAGGCAGAUUGCCACUGUCUCUGAGAGACAAGGCCCUGGGAAAAUUUUGCUGCCUUCAGAAACAACUCAGUUUUCUUAUAAAGACAAUGUCAGGGAUACUACUGAUACAAUUUCCAAAGAAUAAUUAUGUACUACCAUGAAGGGAUUCCAAGUACAAUAUUUUUUCCAUAUUUACAACUUAAUUUUGCCUAUAGAACCCUAUUUUUGGUAUGUUUUAUUAUACUAUUGUCUGUUGUGUCUGUUUCUAGUGAAGAAUGGUUUGGAAUGAAAUGGAGUAAUUUCACAAGGGUAAAAGUGUUAUAUUGUCUGUUAAAGUUUUUUCUGCCAGAGUUUGCUUGGUGUGUGAACCAGUUGCCUUGUACAUAUGAUAUGGAUGCUACCAAUCAGUGCAUUAUUUCUUAGUUUAUUAAUAUUUUGUUUUAGUUUUAUUAAACUUGUGUGUUAACAUUCUUAGUGAAAUAAUAAAUGGCUGCCAUUUACUGUAUCCUGUAACUUAUGUAUGUGCCUAAUAUGGCAAGAACUAUGGUAUUUCAGGGCAUUUCAAUACUGACAUCAACAUCCCAAAGAGUUCUAUUAAUGUUGAAUUUGUUAAUCACCUUUUUUUGUGAUUACAUGAAAUCUUAAUAAAAUAUUUAUUUGAAUUGUGUAUUACAUUGCACAUUAUAUACAAGCUUUAGUUGUCACUAUAAUGAUAAUAAAAACCUUGCAAUUAUUCUUGUGUGUUAAGUUCGUACUUUCCUUUCUGUCCUGAAUAAAUACACAUUGAAAUAAUCUUGAUUUAAAGUAGUUUUUAGCAAUUAUAUGUUAAAAUAUGUUAUUUUUUAAAUUGUAUGUUAAAUGAAAUUAUUUGUUCAAAAGUUCUGUAGAAAUUGAUAGGACAAUUUUCAAGUAACACUUUCAAUUCCAGUGGUCACAUUUCACAAUAAGAAACUGUUGGAGACAUAGCAAGCUUGAAAUGAAAUGUUCUCCAUUCUAAAUUUUAAAUAAUCCUGCAAUGAAAAAAUAGAAAAAGAAAGUAAAAUUUUUUGCAUUUUUCUUUAAUAAUACUCUAUUUAUCCAGAUAUGAGAUGACCCCUGCCUUUGAAAGUGUUAAUUAGUUUCCAAC